AUGGAUGAUGAUGAUGAUGAUGAUGAUGAUGAUGAUGAUGAUGAUGAUGAUGAUGAUGAUGAUGAUGAUGAUGAUGAUGAUGAUGAUGAUGAUGAUGAUGAUGAUGAUGAUGAUGAUGAUGAUGAUGAUGAUGAUGAUGUGAUGAUGAUGAUGAUGAAUGAUGAUGAUGAUGAUGAUGAUGAUGAUGAUGAUGAUGAUGAUGAUGAUGAUGAUGAUGAUGAUGAUGAUGAUGAUGAUGAUGAUGAUGAUGAUGAUGAGGAUGAUGAUGAUGAUGAUGAUGAUGAUGAUGAUGAUGAUGAUGAUGAUGAUGAUGAUGAUGAUGAUGAUGAUGAUGAUGAUGAUGAUGAUGAUGAUGAUGAUGAUGAUGAUGAUGAUGAUGAUGAUGAUGAUGAUGAUGAUGAUGAUGAUGAUGAUGAUGAUGAUGAUGAUGAUGAUGAUGAUGAUGAUGAUGAUGAUGAUGAUGAUGGAUGA